GUUUGCCUAGCCGGCAUCAGGUCCUCGGCUCUAUCCUGAGUACCACAUCAUAGACAGUGGAGGGCAUCUGUGAUGCCAGCACUUGGGACUUCAAGGCCAGCCUUGUCUGCGGAGGAGUGGGGCUUCAUCGUGAUACACGCCUGUAAUCCUAAUACCUGAGAGGCUGCAGAGGACUGCCUCCGGUUCCAGGGCAGCUUGGGCUACACAGACUGGCAGAGGUGGGAAGGGGGGAUGGGCCAGGUGGGCCCCAGAACCUGAGGAUGCCGUCAGUGAAAGGCCUUGAAGCACUGGGAGCCUGACCUGGCCAAGGCUGACCCAACUCUUUUUUGUUUAGGUUUUGGAGCUCAGGAUGGCCUCGAAUUUAGGAAGUGUUGAGCUCUGUAUCUCCCACUCCCAGUUUAUGCGGUGCUGGGGUUGGAACCCAGGACUCCUGCAAACCAUCACUGGACCACACCCUACACACACAGCAUUUUUUUUUCUUUUAAUGUUCUGGGACAGGUUCUCAUGAAGCUCAGACAGGCCUAGAACUAGAAUGUGUUGCUGAGAAUGACCGUAAUUUUUCUUUUAAAGCUUUUUGAGACAGGGUUUCUUUCUCUGUGUAGCUUUGGAACAUGUCCUGGAACUCACUCUGUAGACCAGACUGGCUUAGAACUCACAGAGAUCCUCCUGAGUGCUGGGAUUAAAGGCGUGCACCACCACCGCCUAGCAAGAGUUCUUUGAUUUUCUGUGUAUUGAAUGUUUCACCUUCAUGUAUGAUGUACACCAUGAUGGUGUCAGAGGAGAGUAUCUGGAGUUACAGCUGCUUGUGAGGCACCAUGUGGGUGCUGGGAACUGAACCUGGCCAGGUCCUCUGCAAGAGCAAGUGCUCAUAAGGGAUGAUCCCACUCUCACACCCUACCUUCAUCUCCAGUGUUGGGAUACCUGAGAGACGGGGUCUCUCCGUAGUAGACCAGGCUAGACUCAACAGCCUCAGUGUUGGAGCAACAGGCCUAGGGUGUAUAAACAUAUUCUUUGGAGGCCAGCUUCUCCCAACCUGAGUGAGCCUGGACCACUAGCGGGGCAGAAUCCGCCCCUGAUGCUGAGGGUGGCCCUGUUCCCACCCUCUCAGUCUGACUUCCUGUCUCUUUUCUGUGGGUGGAGCCCCCCCUUUCUCUUCUAAGUGUUUCCCGGUGUUUCUUUCCCUCGGUCCCCCGCCCCCAUACCCAGGUGGAAAUUUUCAGCCACAUGAAAGGCAGGCAUGACUGGGGACGCUGGCCCUUCAGCCUUCACGGAAAGGAGCUGUCUGGAAACUGUUACCCUGAGGCGGGCAGGCCUGGCAGUUGAGGAGGCAGCCCUUGGGCCAGGGGCCCUGCAGGAAAGGGGCGUUUAGUUCCCCAUCCCCUGAGUCAGCCUGUCUUCGAGUCUGCAGGGUCCCCUUCCCUGACCUCCUGUUUCCUUUCCCUCCUCUCUGGAGUCUCCACCCUUCUUCACGUAUCUGUUUCUGUGCCGGUCUUUCUUAGGGUCUUCUCCACUUCUUUCAAAGUCCUGGUCUGGGUUCCCCGAACCCUCCCCAAGCCAUUGGCUGGGCUCGGGGUGGGCGGGUUCUGUUACGAGGGGCAACGGCCACACCACAAGCCGCUUCUUGGCUUCCGAGAGGGUGAGAAACAUGGCAGGCCGGACCCUAGCUCUGCGAUAUGGGCCCCCUUGGUCCCCCAUUUCUGAAACUGAGGUUCCUGGAACCUGGCCCAGCUGGCAUCUCACCAGCAGCGGAGUCGCCCACCACAGGAUCCCACCAGCGCCCUUUCCUCCGCCCACUCUGCAGUCUACGGUCCUGGCACCCCUGCCCGCAGCCAUGAAGCACGACCCGCACAUCUGGGCUUUUGACGAAGUCAUCAGCAGAUGGGAAACCACCUCGGGCUCGGCAUACACGGCCAAGACUCACGGUGGGCCCUGUGCUCAGCCCAAGGCCGCAGAGCAUGAGGACCCUGGGCGGCCACUAGGGAUCAAGUCUUUGGCCGAGAAGCUAAGCCGCCAUCAGGGUUUGGGUGUCCCCCUGAACACAAAAUACCAGAUCAGCGAGAUGAAGGCACAGUACACGGGCUGUCCAGGUCUGGACCAGAGUGCCCCUCUCUUUGCGGAGCCCCAACCCCUGGAGCUCGCUGACCACCACCGCGGGGGCCCUUCCCAGGCCCUCAUCCCCUGGACAAAGAGCCCAGAGCUGGCUGGCCAGCCCUUUCCAGUGAGCAAGAUGGGUGUCCUGGACCGCCUCCAGCCCUAUCUGACAACCUCUGCACGUGACUUCUCAAGGAAAGAGCUGCCUGGAUAUCCUGGCCAGAAAACUAUGACUUGCUGGAGCUGUCUGAAGAAGCCACAGGCUUUCAGUCAUGGUGGUCCACUGAGGGAACAGCUAGCCCGUGCACGCCCAGUACCACCAGCUGUGCCAUACCUGGGGGCCCUGCCUUUGGCCCAGGAGUCCUUCGGGCCCUCAGUGCACCCGCUCCGCAGGCUGGACCGCCUUUGCCCACUAGAGGCACCCUGGGGAGGCCCCCACCAGAAGCCAGUGCCUGGCAUCUACAGUGUGCCCAAGGCCUACUGCACCGAGAACUCCCGCUAUGGGAGCGCCAGGGCAGAGCUGGUGUGAGCAUGUGGGCCUCACCCACAGGCAGACAUACACUCCAGCAUCGGAUUUGUGGGUGGGUUGGCCAUAUCCCACGCUUGCAGAAAAGCCUCCAUGCGGAGCUUAGUAAUCAAGGAAUUUUACAGCUGAAAUCACACCCAUGUCUGGAUCCACGCAUCCUGAUUAGGGAGCUGGGUGAGGGGCUGUUUCUCCACUUCUGGUUGGAAGUGUCUGGGUACAGUAAAUUUGGAGGCCCACUUGGGGCAGGAGGAACCUAAUGCUGAAGCUGUUCCUUUUUAUAAGGCUGCACUGAGGGACCCAGCCAGCAGCCUGAAGAGUUCACCUUUUUCUCCUCCUGUGAUGGGGUCCUUCCUGCACUCCCAACAUUGGCUAGGCUCACACACCUGGGGUGAGUGUGAGGCCAAUCACUGAUGGUCCCUCACUUCCCUGACCUUGUCUGUCUCUCGCCCCCGAAGAGAUUAGUGUCUAGGUUACCCAAGCCUACAGUCGCUGCUUGGUGGCCUUGCCACCCCCACAAUCCACAGGUAUAAAGUUAAGUGACCGAGGUAGGGAAGGCAUCAAGAAUGGAGAGGCUCCAGGUAAGAGUAUAGGGCCCUGGGCAUCUCCCAAUCCCAUCAGAUGGACAGUCCUGUGACCUGUGGGGGGCGGGGGUGUCCUGGCUGGUGGACUCCAAGAAGUACAGAAACGGAAUUGAUGGCAGGUCCUGAAGGCCAGGAUCAAUACGAUACUGAGUGGGUCCAGAGCCUGGGGUGGCGAACCCAGGGCUAGACUGAGCCACUGGCUGUGUCCCAGGG